UUUCUUCAUUAAACACACGACACACACACACACACACACACACACAGCAAGGUUUUCUUCUAAAUGGCGAAAACAGACAAAGAGCAGCAGACCUCAGGAGAUUAGCAGUAAAAAUAAAGGUAGGACAUAAAGAAAAAGGAAGAACACAAAUAAAACCUAAGUGACUUUUAUGUCUGCGGGACCGUGAACGCAGCUCCGCCUGAAUGCUUUUAGAGGAAACUUCUGCAGUUAAAAGACGGAAACGGCGACAAAAGACGCUUUUACAACUAGAAACAAAUGACACCAAAGACCUCUGUUUGAUAAAACUACCUCCAAUCAAACCUCAUGUGUUAAUAUUUAGUGUCUUAUGCCAGCAGGAUGGGGAACAGCAGCAGUGACAGGUCCGGGAGUCAGGGUGAGAGGUCAUACAGGGAACAUGGAGGGAAGGAGGCCCGUCCCAACCUCCUGAUGGACAGCUCAGAGGACACAGACCUGUUCCAGAGAGAAGAUACAAAGGCUCCACAGGAAAUACAGGAGUUUCUGGCCUGGCAGCAAGACCUGGAGAGCGACAGCAAGAGUCCCACGCAGGCCAGACCCACUGUCUUCAGAUGGACGGGGGCCGCCAAGGAGGUCUUUGUGUCGGGAUCCUUUAACAACUGGGCCACAAAGAUCCCUCUCAAUAAAAGUCAGAAAAACUUUGUGGCUAUUGUGGAUCUACCGGAGGGAGAGCACCAGUACAAGUUCUCUGUAGAUGGGCAGUGGACCCUGGAUCCUACUGGGGCCGUGACGACAUCUAAAACUGGCACAGUGAAUAAUGUCAUCCAGGUGAAGACGACUGACUUUGAAGUCUUUGACGCCCUCAGGAUCGACUCAGAGGACACUGAAGAUAUCUCAGACUUGUCCAGUUCCCCUCCCGGGCCUUACCUCCAGGACGCAUAUGUGAUAAAGCCCGAAGACAAGAUCAAACAUCCUCCCAUCUUACCUCCCCACCUGCUGCAGGUUCUGCUCAACAAGGACACAGGCAUCUCUUGUGACCCAACGCUGCUUCCAGAGCCGAACCACGUGAUGCUCAAUCACCUGUACGCCCUCUCCAUCAAGGAUGGGGUGAUGGUCCUCAGUGCAACGCACCGAUACAAAAAGAAGUAUGUGACCACUCUUCUUUACAAGCCAAUAUAACCCACAGAGCCAUGAUCCAGACUCUUAUUUUGAAAUGCAGCUGCUGCUUUGAUUUUUAAUUUUAUUUUUUUUUAAAUGUCUUCCUGAUAUUGAUUUAAGACAUUUGCUAAAUCUACUUUUACCCUCCUGUACUCUUAAUAUUUUAAAUUUUAACUUGCUGCUUAAUGUUUGUUAAUGUAUGAUCUAGUAAUAACAACCUAAAGCUUCCUUUCUUAUGAAGACCAAAGUAUCGCUACAAACCAAAAACGCCAAAAGAUGUUAGAGCAGCAGGUGGAUGUUUUUUUUAUAUAUAUAUAUUAUUAUUUUUUGUGUGUGUGUAUAUAUAUAUAUAUAUAUAUAUAUAUAUAUACACACUGUUAAAAAUAUAUAUACAUAUUUUUUUAUGUCAAUAAAAAAUAAUUUCAAUAGAUUUUUAGUUGAUAAACACAACAAACACUUCCUGCAUGAGUCGAAAACUGAAGUGAAAUUGUUGCUUUACAAAUUAAAGUCACCUGGAAUUGUUAAAAAAACUGUGACUGUAGAAAUGUAAAAGCUAACAAUGCGAUAAGCACAGCUGCAACCUCUGUUAUUACAUAUGUGUGCAAACAGACACAAGGACAUGCAGGGGUUGAGGCUCUCAUUUGAAUUGUUUUAUUUAAUACUGAUGCUUUUAUACAAAAUCAAGCUCCUUUUACUCCAAAUUGUGUGUAAAGCCUUAUAAAAUAAUUAAAAUUUGAAUAGAAACACGU